AUGUGUAAGCUUCUCUCGUGUAAAUUGUUCAGGAUAAAGAAUGUAGUAUUGAGACAUCUAGACAACUACGAACAUUUACAGAAGAAAAUCGUAGAAGAGAUAGGUGAUUUCAUCGGACGCAAUACAGGAUUUAAUGAACCACGGGUGGGCCAUGAAAUUCUUGUUUGUUUUGUGGGGACAAGAAGUGUUGGACACUUGUUCCGCUUCUGGCGAAUUGUUGUGGCUAAAAUGUUGUGUUUAUCUGUUAUUAUUUCACCUAUCAUGAAUUUAGCAUUGAAUUACUCCUAUAUUUUAUCAUUGCAUAUGACGAACUUAUCGGUGACAUCCGUUUGGAUGCUUCUCAUAGAAUUAAAGGAAUGA